UGAAAAGCUCAGUUAGUGAAUCAUGGGUUCAGUACUCGGCAGGAGGAUUGCUGGCGUGGAGGACAUUGAUAUUCAGGCCAAUUCAGCCUACAGAUUUCCACCAAAGUCUGGGAGCUAUUUUGCCAGUCACUUCUUCAUGGGUGGAGAGAAAUUUGACACCCCUCAUCCUGAAGGUUAUUUGUUCGGAGAGAACAUGGACCUCAAUUUCUUAGGGAACCGCCCAGUGCAGUUUCCCUAUGUGACUCCAGCACCACACGAGCCAGUAAAGACUCUAAGAAGCCUCGUCAACAUUAGAAAGGACUCUUUGCGGCUUGUCAGGUACAAAGAUGAUGAUGAUUCACCCACUGAGGAAGGAGCGAAAACUAAGGCUCUAUAUGGAGUGGAAUUCACUUUUGACUCAGAUGCUCGUGUAGCCAUCACUAUUUACUGCCAGGCCUUUGAAGAGUUUUCCAACGGAAUGGCAAUUUACAACCCCAAGAGUUCUGUGCUGGUGUCUGAAACGGUCCACUACAAGCGAGGAGUGAGCCAGCAGUUCUCCCUGCCUUCCUUCAAGAUAAAUUUUUCUGAAUGGAAGGAGGAAGAUCUAAACUUUGAUUUGGACAGAGGUGUUUUCCCUAUGGUCAUCCAGGCUGUAGUGGAUGAAGGAGAUGAUUGCUUGGGUCAUGCCCAUGUCCUGCUGGCUACAUUUGAAAGGCAUGUUGAUGGCAGUUUCUCUGUUAAGCCCUUGAAGCAAAAGCAAAUUGUGGAUCGGGUUAGUUACCUGCUUCAGGAGAUCUAUGGCAUUGAAAACAAAAACAACCAAGAGACCAAGCCAUCUGACGACGAGAACAGUGACAACAGUAACGAGUGCGUGGUGUGUCUGUCAGAUCUGCGUGACACGCUCAUCCUGCCCUGUAGACACCUGUGUCUGUGUAACUCGUGUGCAGACACGCUGCGCUACCAGGCUAACAACUGCCCCAUCUGCAGACUGCCUUUUCGUGCCCUGCUGCAGAUCAGAGCAGUGAGGAAGAAGCCAGGCACUCUUUCCCCGGUCUCCUUCAGCCCUGUGCUGGCUCAGAGUAUGGACCAUGAUGAGCACUCGAGCUCUGACUCAGUUCCCCCUGGCUUUGAGCCCAUUUCUCUUUUGGAGGCUCUUAAUGGUCUGACCGUGUCUCCCGGUGUCCCAUCAGCCCCUCUGUAUGAUGAGAUCAACUUUUCAGGCAGUCUAAGUGGGGACAGCAGGCAGCUAAGCUCUCCUGAGCACUCGGGAGAAAGCGUCCUGCAAAAGAGCAAAGUCAACAAGUCACCCGACAGCACGCUGCGGUCACCUUCAUCGCCCAUUCAGGAGGAGGACGAGGAAAAGCUGUCAGAGAUGUCUGAUGCUCAGGCUCACACCCUGCUGUCCAGCAGCCCAGCUCCUACCGAGGGCACUGCAGCAGAUGAUGCUCCGGACUCUCUGUCCCCUGAAGAUGAAGACAGAUUAAACUCUGAGAGUGAGAUGGUGCCUGACUGUAGCAGUGAGCGCAGCAGCCUGACCAAAGCUGACAGUGAGCCGCCUGGUUUAUCAGACUCAACGGAGAGUCUGAUCACUCGGAGCACAAACUGCUCUAGUCAGCCUCUUCUGUCUCCCACGAGCACAUUGCACAUGGAGGAUGAAUAACCGGACCAUAAACCCUCUUCGUUGCAAAACCUCCUUUUAUGAUUCGUCCUUCCCAGCAGCCCUAUUCACCCAGCCUGGUUAUUAACAUCAUUUCCAUCUCC